GGAUCAUUAAAUCGUUUUAAGUUCUAAAAUAUGCAAAAAUGAAAUACUAUGAGAAGGGAAAAUUACAAAAAAAGAUCAUACGUGAGUAUUUUUUGGGAAAAACCAAUCGAAUCAUACGUCUUGUACACUGCCUCCAAGUUUUCUUAUCAUUUCACCGAGAUAGUCAAAUAUCGUUUUGGGAAAGUGUCCGAUAAGGAGCCCAAGCGUCUAGAAUUCAUGAGGGGGAGGCGCCACUCAUGGGGAUUACUCUCACGAUAAGAUUGCAUUUGAUCACAAGAUUCAAAUUCAGGUAUAAAAGACCAGUGAAAUGCUACUGCAAAAUAUUCAGUUUGUGAGUUUUGCAGUUAAACAUGAACAAGCUAAGUUUGGUUUUUGCCUUCCUCUUCCUGGGUGUAGCCCUCUGUGAGGUCACGGAGUUCGGCUUCAAUCCCGAUGAGGUAGAGCCUGUCUACGAGAGUCCUCCUGGCCCACGACCAUUGGGAGUCUACUUCGAACCCGAUGAUAUGGAUGAUAAACCAGAAUUCCAGAGCCGUGUUGUUGGUGGAACAUCUGCCACAUCUGCUGCUCAAUUCCCAUACCAGGCUAGUUUGAGGACUGCUGCAAAUGCUCACUUCUGCGGCGCUACAAUCAUCGGAACACGCACUGUCCUUUCGGCUGCUCACUGCACCGUUGGUCGUGGAGUUGGAGCCGUCCGUGUGGUUGUUGGAACUCACCUUCGUCUCUCUGGUGGCCUUUCUCAUGCCGUCAACAGGAUUGUCAACCAUCCAAGCUACAACGCCAACACCAUUGCCUUUGAUGUGUCCAUCGUUCAGACAACUGCCACGUUCACCUUCAACAACAACGUUCGCCAAAUUGGAAUUGGCUCUGCUCAUGUUGGUGGUGGUGUUACUGCCAUUGUCUCUGGAUGGGGCCAGACUGCGCACCCUGGAAGUCUUCCCAACGCUCUUCAGUGGGCUCAACUUACAGUCCUCACCAAUGCUAACUGCCGCAGCCGUCACUCUGCUGGUAACGCCCAGUUGGUGUUUGAUCACAAAAUCUGCACAUUCACCCGCGUUGGACAAGGUAUCUGCAUGGGAGACUCUGGUGGCCCACUUGUGAUCGGUAGCAAUGUUAUUGGAAUCCCAUCCUGGGUCAUCCCAUGCGCUCGUGGCUUCCCCGAUGUAUACGAUCGUGUCUCCAGCCACAGGAACUGGAUCAUUUCGGUCAUGUAAAGAACUCCAACAUGGCGACUCCUUUCAGACUCCAAGCUAACAAUGUUUGAAGAUUUUUUGCUAAACAGUUUUAUCAAUAUAACAUGACGAACAUUUAAAA